GCUGUGUGCCGUACUGCGGUUGAUAUUGUUGUCGGAAGCUGUACUAGCAGAAUGAUGUGGAUGUUUAAGUUAAAUGUUUUUGCAUUUUUGUUACUUUUUGUGGGCAAGUUUAACACACUUGCCCUUCAGGAUGUAACGGUUGACCUUUUCGGUGUCGAAAACUAUGGGACUGUGGCGGCGUUUGGAGAUUUUAACUCGGAUAAACUGACAGACAUCUUUAUCAUCAGAGAACGGUCUGAACUGGUGAUAUUCUUGGCUGACUCGAAAACACCUUACUUCAAGCCCAAAGUACAUGUCACUAAAGACAUGUUGCCUGGUGACACCGUCAUCACCAGUGUGGUUCCUGGUGACUAUGAUGGAGACUCUCAGAUGGAUGUUCUUCUCACAGCUCAGAUCAAAACCACGGCAGAAUCUGUUUUCAUUUUCUGGGGGAACAACCAGACACUAGAUAUGGGUGGGUGGCUCAAGCUGAACAAGACCUUUAAAGAUCAACCUCUCGUUAUGGAUUUCAAUGGAGACAUGAUCCCAGAUAUUUUUGGAGUCACCGACGUGUCAACCGCUGAAGUCUGCUAUCUCACCAACAGAAAUCCAGUGUGGCAGAAUGCACUGACUUCGCCUGUCAACAUGCGCAUCCCUCAUUCUAACGCUUUCAUUGACCUCAACAAGGACUUCACCGCUGAUUUAUUCCUGACAACCGAUGGGUCGAAGUUUGAGACGUGGAUCAGCAAGGACGGGAACUUCAGCAAGGCAGACAUCUUUCCAGCAGGCGCACCAGCCGAGAACGUCGGACAGUCAUCCUUUGUUGAUUUCGAUGGUGAUGGCUACCAGGACCACCUCCUCCCUGUGUGUUUGGAUAAGACCUGUCAACGCAGUAAGAUCUACCUGGCCAAGCCAGGCUCGACAGAGUGGGUACCCGUGCUGUCAGAUUUCCAGCAGAGGGAAACAGUUUGGAGCUUUGUGCCAGGGAAACCCAGCCAGCCCUUGGCCCUGCACCUUGGGGACUACAACCUGGACGGCUUCCCUGAUGCCCUGGUGGUCCUCCGCAACACUAGUGGCAGUAGUCAGCAGGCCUUCUUAUUGGAGAAUGUGCCAUGUAACGACCCCCAAUGCCAGAGCAUAGGGAGAAUGUUCCACAUCCACUGGGACCAAUCAGAUUUGGGAGCCAUCCCAAAUGCCAUCAUGGCAACGUUCUUUGACAUCUAUGAAGAUGGUAUAUUAGACAUGCUGGUUCUAAGCCAGGCAGAGGGCAAAGACGUCAUCCAUGCUUUGAAGAACAAUUUUGAAGCUGAUGCCUACUUCGUUAAAGUGAUGGUGCUCAGCGGCCUCUGCUCCAACGACUGUCCUGAUGAUGUCAAGCCUUUUGGUGUUAAUCAACCAGGUCCCUAUGUCAUGUACACCACAGUGGACUCCAAUGGCUACCUGAAAAACGCCUCAGCCGGUCAGUUGAGUCAGUCGGCUCACUUCUCCCUCCAGCUUCCCUACACCGUGCUGGGCCUCGGACGCAGCGCCAACUUCCUGGAUCACCUUUUCGUCGGCAUCCCUCGACAGCCUGGAGAGACGGACAUCAGGAAGCAGGAGUGGACGGCCAUCAUCCCCAACUCUCAGCUGAUCGUCAUCCCCUACCCACACAAUAAACCCCGCAGCUGGAGCGCCAAGUUAUACCUGACUCCUAGCAGCAGCGUGUUGCUGACGGCCAUCGCGCUGAUCGGAGUGUGCGUCUUCAUCCUCGUCAUUAUUGGUAUCCUCCACUGGCAAGAGAAGAAAGCGGAUGACCGAGAGAAGAGGCAGGAAGCCCACCGUUUCCAUUUUGAUGCCAUGUGAAGGAAGACAACUGCAUCAUGGGAGAAUGUCCUCUCCUGCCAGCCACCUAACACCUUUCACAUCUACACACACACACACACACACACACACACACACACACACACACAUCUACACUCAGUCUCAUUUCAAGGGCCAAUAAAUGGAUCCUCAUUUGCCCCAAAACGUUUCUUUUUGAUAUUUUUCAGUCCUCAAGUCAGAUGUGAAAUAUUCAUGUUCCAUUUCAUUUAUUCAUUCCAGUGUUAGAAGUACAGGAGCUGCAACAAGGCCACAGAGACACGGAGAGAAAUCCUAAUGCAGAUCACUCACAAAUUUAAAGCUGGGAUUUCUCAGGACCGGCUGUAGUGUGAUCAUCAGUGGUGUUAUUAGAGCAUUUUGACAAAACGACACAGAUUGCUGUUAAAACGCCCAACAAGUCACUCCGAUAUUAUAAGCUCUUUGUUCAUGUUUGCUCACUGGAAGAGAAGCACAUUUGGGCACCAUGUGUGGAAAUGUGCAGUGUUACUUGAAAUCCAUGUGUGUGUGUGUUACCGUCCAUUGUCUUUGUCUAGUACAUCCACCUGUGUCUGUGAAACUGUAAUGAAAUCCUUCAGAUUUUAUAACCUGUAAAAUGAAAGAAAUUUGAAUCUCUGUGAUAUCGAUCUCUGCCGUGCGACUGCAGCAGCAAGCAGUGCAAAGUGAACAGAAAAUGGACACAAGCGACAUAAUAAUUCAGUGGAACAUUUUUCUGCUACUAAUCUCACCAAAAAUGAUUAAUGGCCUUCAGGUCUGCUGAGUGCAAGUUCAUCUUUUUCUCAGUUGAUCACAGUAUCACAGUGCAUCAUGGUGAGUGCCAAAAAAAAGAAGCUUCUAUGCUGCAUCCUGCAAUUGUCUGUCGCCACUGCAUCAAAGCUCAGCUAACAGUCUAAAAUCUGGUCGUCCUGCUGAAUAAUGUGCAAUUUACUCCAGCUUGUUUUUUUGAGAUGUGCUUCGUUUUCAUUGACUUUUUAAAUUUAAUUGGGCCGGGCGCUCUGGUUUGUUCUGAUAUUUAUUUUACAUGAACGAGCUCAUGCCUGUCCAAGUGGUUUGCACUUUUUUAAACUAAUGAUUAACUGUGGGUGUAUAUAAUUUAUUUUGUUUUGUGGAUUUGAUUUGCAAAUGAAUGUUCAAGCAACUAAAUGUGUUUACUUACUGAGGUUGAGAAUAAAGGUUCUUCCUGCUUAAA